GUGUUACUAAUAUCCAGGAACCGAAAAGGGAGAACCUCCGGAUGAGGCAUAGUUGUGUCCUAGCUUGAAGCCUUUUGCCGGAGCAGUGCUGGGGUUAGCAUUCUGCGCGGCGAGGCAAGAUGCUCAAGUCCAAGACGUUCUUAAAAAAGACCCGGGCGGGCGGCGUGAUGAAGAUCGUGCGCGAGCACUACCUGCGAGACGACAUCGGCUGCGGUGCGCCCGGGUGCGCAGCGUGUGGCGGGGCGCACGAGGGGCCGGCCUUGGAGCCGCAGCCCCAGGACCCGGCGAGCAGCCUCUGCCCGCAGCCGCACUACUUGCUGCCUGACACUAAUGUGUUACUGCACCAGAUUGUAAGUGCCUGGAGGCCGGGGACCUGGGCUUCUGUGGCCUCCAGCCUGCGACUCCCAGGCAGCUUAGAAACCUAUGUAGAACAAGAGCAGGGAGAAAAUGCUAAUGACAGGAAUGAUAGAGCUAUUCGAGUAGCAGCAAAAUGGUACAAUGAACAUUUGAAGAAAAUGUCAGCAGACAACCACCUGCAAGUUAUCUUCAUAACAAAUGACAGGAAAAACAAAGAGAAAGCUGUAGAAGAAGGAAUACCAGCUUUCACUUGUGAAGAAUAUGUAAAGAGCCUAACUGCUAACCCUGAACUCAUAGAUCGUCUUGCUUGUUUGUCUGAAGAAGUGAAUGAAAUAGAAAGUGGAAAAAUAAUAUUUUCAGAGCAUCUUCCCUUAAGUAAGCUACAGCAAGGCAUAAAAUCUGGUACAUACCUUCAAGGAACAUUUAGAGCCAGCAGGGAAAAUUACUUAGAAGCUACAGUAUGGAUUCAUGGUGACAAUGAAGAAAAUAAAGAGAUAAUCUUACAGGGACUGAAACAUUUAAACAGAGCUGUUCACGAAGAUAUUGUGGCUGUGGAGCUUCUCCCCAGGAGUCAGUGGGUAGCACCAUCUUCUGUUGUUUUACAAGAUGAAGGUCAAAAUGAAGAAGAUGUGGAGAAAGAAGAAGAGAGAGAACGAAUGCUUAAGACUGCCGUAAGCGAGAAAAUGUUGAAGCCUACAGGCAGAGUUGUAGGAAUAAUAAAAAGGAAUUGGAGACCAUAUUGUGGCAUGCUUUCUAAGUCAGACAUUAAGGAGUCAAGAAGACAUCUCUUUACACCUGCUGAUAAGAGAAUCCCUCGAAUUCGCAUAGAAACCAGACAGGCUUCUACAUUAGAAGGACGGAGAAUUAUUGUUGCUAUUGAUGGUUGGCCCAGAAAUUCCAGAUAUCCAAAUGGACACUUUGUGAGAAAUUUAGGCGAUGUUGGAGAGAAGGAGACUGAAACAGAAGUUCUGUUACUUGAACACGAUGUUCCCCACAAGCCUUUUUCACAGGCUGUUCUUAGUUUUCUGCCAAAGAUGCCCUGGAGCAUUACUGAAAAGGACAUGAAGAACCGAGAAGACCUGAGACAUCUGUGUAUUUGUAGUGUAGAUCCACCAGGAUGUACUGAUAUAGACGACGCUCUACAUUGUAGAGAACUCAAAAAUGGAAAUUUGGAGGUUGGUGUUCAUAUUGCUGAUGUGAGCCAUUUUAUUAGGCCAGGAAAUGCCUUGGAUCAAGAAUCAGCCAGAAGAGGAACAACUGUGUAUCUUUGUGAAAAGAGGAUUGACAUGGUUCCAGAGUUGCUUAGCUCUAACUUGUGUUCCUUAAAAUGUGACGUUGACAGGCUGGCAUUUUCAUGUAUUUGGGAAAUGAAUCACAACGCUGAAAUCUUAAAAACGAAGUUUACCAAAAGUGUUAUUAAUUCAAAGGCAUCUCUGACUUAUGCUGAAGCUCAGUUGAGAAUUGAUUCAGCAAACAGGAAUGAUGAUAUUACCACUAGUCUCCGUGGACUGAAUAAACUAGCUAAAAUUCUGAAGAAAAGAAGGAUUGAGAAAGGGGCUUUGACUCUAUCUUCUCCUGAAGUUCGAUUCCACAUGGACAGUGAAACUCAUGAUCCUAUAGAUCUGCAGGCCAAGGAACUUAGGGAAACAAAUUCCAUGGUUGAAGAAUUUAUGUUACUUGCCAAUAUUUCUGUUGCAAAAAAAAUUCAUGAGGAAUUUUCUGAACAUGCUUUGCUUCGAAAACAUCCUGCUCCACCUCCAUCAAAUUAUGAAAUUCUUGUUAAAGCAGCCAGGUCAAGGAAUUUGGAAAUUAAGACUGAUACAGCCAAGUCUUUGGCUGAGUCUUUGGAUCGGGCCGAAUCUCCUACUUUUCCAUAUCUAAACACUCUGUUGAGAAUAUUAGCCACUCGCUGUAUGAUGCAAGCUGUGUACUUCUGUUCUGGAAUGGAUAAUGAUUUUCAUCACUAUGGCUUAGCAUCUCCAAUAUACACACAUUUUACUUCACCCAUCAGAAGAUACGCAGAUGUCAUCGUUCAUCGGCUUUUGGCUGUGGCUGUUGGGGCUGACUGUACUUAUCCAGAGUUGACAGACAAACACAAGCUUGCAGAUAUAUGUAAAAAUCUAAAUUUCCGGCACAAAAUGGCUCAAUAUGCCCAACGUGCAUCAGUGGCUUUUCAUACCCAGUUAUUUUUCAAAAGCAGAGGAAUAGUAAGUGAAGAAGCCUAUAUUUUAUUUGUAAGAAAGAAUGCCAUUGUGGUAUUAAUUCCAAAGUAUGGUUUAGAAGGGACAGUCUUUUUUGAAGAAAAGGACAAACCAAACCCACGGCUUAUUUAUGAUGAUGAGAUACCUUCACUUAAAAUAGAAGACACAGUGUUCCAUGUAUUUGAUAAAGUUAAAGUGAAAAUCAUGUUAGACUCAUCUAAUCUUCAGCAUCAGAAAAUCCGAAUGUCCCUGGUAGAACCACAGAUACCAGGAAUAAGCAUUCCUACUGGUACUUCAAACACAGACCUUAAUGGACCAGAGAAAAAGAAGAUAAAGCUUGGAAAAUAGCUAUAUUCAACAAAAAUCUUCAAAUACUGGUUUUAUUUUUAAAAGAAAAAACUUGAAAGAACACUUCUAAGCCUAAGUGUGUGAUACAGUUUGUUACUUUUAAGUACAUUUUAAUAAUUUCAGACAUUUGCAUUUUUAUUGAAUGGUUGACUGUAUCUGUCCCAUCAUACUGCUUUACUUCUGGGUUGAACAGAAUUAUUUAUGCAGAAUAAUUCAAUUGAAUAUCCAUCACUUAAAUACAGUGACAGGAUAGCAACUUCAGGGAUCUGUAAAGAUCAUUUAAAUGGAGUGCUCAUCUCAUUGAGGAGCAGAUUAAUUUUGCAUAAGUACUUUGAUUAUUUAAUAUUUGUAGGAAAAAACUUUCAUUUUCCUACAGAGGAAAAUAGAACAAUUUUAGAAGCAAGGAGCAAUCUUCUUUUCUAAGUCUUGGAAGUUGUCAGUGUUGAGGAUGUAAUCUCCUUUGCCAUCUUUAAUUCACCUAAUUUAUACUAAGUAUUCUCUUACUGUUUUUAAAAGCUUCCUGUAUUUUAUUAGUGGUCCUUGAACAACUGUGAAUGUUUGGGAAUUGGUAGAAAGGCAAGAAGUAGGAUAUUUUGACCUGACUGGAAAGAUGGUUGUUUUUAUUACCAGGUAAUAAGUGUGAUCAUUGUUGAACUUCAGCUCCAGUGUCUCUCCAGAAUAAGACAUUGGCAUUCAAAUGUCUAUAUCUUGUUACUUACAAAAUAAAAAACAGAUAAUUAGUGGCUUUUAAAUUGUAGUUGUAUCAGUGUGUAUAUACACGAGGGGAACUGUAUAAAGGCAUACUAAAGGGAACAGAUUAAAAUAAGUAUUAUUAAUAAAAUUUGGUGUGCCAGACUGACUACUUCCUUUGCUAAUCACAGAGAUUGGUAAUGAUUAAAUUAAUACUUUCAGGAAUAUUUUGGGAUAGGGUUGCCUUGAAACAUUUUACUUGGCUUAUUCAAUUUCUAAAGCACUUACGGUGUGUCAGGUUCCACUCAAGUAAACUGUCUUCAAGGAGCUUGCAGUAUAGUGAGAAAAGCCUGGCAAGUAAAUCAGCAGGUAUACUGAAUAGGUAGCCAUUUAGGCACUCAAUAAAUGUUGAAUAAUUUUUCCAGUUUCCUAUUACUGAGGAAGACCUCCAUACAUUGAGACAGAAACUUGUGUCAGUUGGAGGAAAAUAGACUUGAGUAGUCUUUGGUCCAAGUAAAAUGGGUCAGUGACACUAAGAGUAGGAGUCAAAAAACCUUUUCUGUGAGUGCUGGAAUAUUUUAGACUUUGUUGGCUAUGGUCUGUUUUGCAACUAUAGUACACAGCUCUGCCGUUGAUAGUGUGUAAGGAGCCAUAUACAAUAUAUAAACAAAUCAACAUGACUGUGUUCCAACAAAGCCUGAUUUGUUGUUUCAUAUAUAGUCAUGUGUCACUUAAUGACAGGGAUAUGUUCUGAGACAUGUCGCUUGGCAAUUUCAUCAUUGUGUGAAAAUCAUGAUGUAAUUACACAAACCUAGAUGGUAUACCCUCUGGUAUCCUAUAUGGGACAACCUAUUGCUCCUAACCUACAAACCUGUAUGGCAUAUUACUGUACUGAUUGCUGUAGGCAGUUGUAACACAGUGCUAAGUAUUUGUAUAUCUAAACAUAGAAAAGGUACAGUAAAAAAAAAUAUAGAUAUAUAUAAGAUAUAAAAUGGUACACCUAUUUAGGACAUUUACCAUGAACAAGUUGGCAGGACUGGAAGCUGACUCUGGGUGAGUCAGUAAGUGGUUAGUGAAUGUGAAGGCCUAUAUUACUGUGCACUACUGUAGGCUUUUAUAAACACUAUACACUUAGGCUACGUAAAGUAAUUUCACUAUGAUGUUACCAUGGCUAUGUCCCCAGGCAAUAGGAAUUUUUCAGCUCCAUUGUAAUCUUACGGGAUUAUCAUCAUGUAUUUGGCCAUUGUUGACCAAAAGUUAUGCAGCACGUCAUUAUAAUUUUGAUGUGUCACAAAACAUUACUCAUUUGAUUCUCCCCACCCCUGCCAACCAUUUAAAAAACUUUGCCGGCUAGGUGCAGUGGUUCAUGCCUAUAAUCCUAGCAUUUUGGGAGGCGGAGGUGGGUGGAUCACCUGAUAUCAGGAGUUCGAGACCAGCCUGGCCAACAUGGUAAAACCCCAUCUCUACCUAAAAUACAAAAACUCAGCUGGGUGUAGUGGCAGACGCCUGUAAUCCCAGCUACUUGGGAGGCUGAGGCAGGAGAAUCACUUUAACCUGGGAGGCAGAGGUUGCAGUGAGCUGAGAUGGCACCACUGCAGUUCAGCCUGAGCGACAAGAGUGAGACUCUUGUGGUGUUCAUGGUUAAUGUGUUGAAGAUGAGCCAGGUACAUAAUGCAGCACAUUUUCUGCAGGUCAGCAGUAAUAUUUCAGGGUACAGUUAAGGAGGAAAGAAGAAAAUGACACAUUGAUAACAUAGGUCUUUAUUUCCUAGGGGUACAUAUGAAUUAUUCCUUUUUGAAUGAGACAGUUUUUAAAAGUUGAUUUAUAAAUACAAAAAUACAUUCUCCAAAGAUAGUAUUUCCAAACUCUUAUAUACGCAUCUACUCCCAACAUGGAUAUAAGUUUUUUUAAAAAAAAUAGUUGUAUAUAACAUACAUAUCUGCCCCAGUGUUACUUCACAGGCCUGUGCCCUACAGGAACUCCUCUCCCCCAGCCCCACUUUUUCUCUUGGUUGUCCCACAUUCUUAUUCUCCCACAUCCCUACCCAUGUUUGAGCUGGAAAGGAUGUCCCUACCCUAGGCAUGAGGUAUAUUAUUCUGGGCACCACACAUUUGCCCCAUAGAUAACAAUACAUUUGAUGAUGUCGCUAGUACUACCUUUCUAGUAUUUACAUAUUUAAAAGUAGUAACUACAACAGUUAUCACAGGAACUAAGAAUUUUCCCCACAGAGGUGAACAGUUUAAGAACUAAAAUUUCAGGAAACCUGUUUAAUUUCCUUUUUUGUAUCUUCGAUAAGUUUUAUAUCUAAGAUUUCUGGGUUAUAAUUCAUCUGUAUGUUCAAGCUUUUAUGUAAAAAUAUAUAGUGCCUUCAGUUUUAACACAGUUUCACAUGUUCUCAGAACUGCUAAAUUCAGUGCUAUCAGGAAGGCUUAAUAAGUAGUUCAUUGACCCUGUCAGAUAGGAGCACUCAGCUCUGUCACAAUUUGUUGUUAAACACAUCAUUCAAUGUUAAGUAUAAAAAUAUUUAUUGAUAAAAAAUAAAUUUAUAAUUCAGCAA